UCUUCAGUUCGUGCACGACUCUUGCCUCCGCAGUGCACUGCUGGAUAGCGCUCAGUACAGUCAGUCUGCGCGGGGACGCUGUACGCACGCACCAGUGACCUGCCAAAGCGACGCAACUCACUCUCAAAAGGUCUCGAACGCUACACGGCAGCGAAGAGCAUGUGGAAUUCACUGCGGACUCAUUGAUAAAGAAUUGCCACUGGAAUUAAAAUGAACAAUUCGUCCUGUAUGUUCCUUUGCAGUAUCCACUUAGUAUAGUCUAUUUGUUUUAUGACACUGUAGGAAACCGAAGCAUGAUGGGUACCUUAUCAUUGGUGAUGUUGUUUGGAGUGGUUGGGGUAUUGCUGGCUUCUAAGACGGAGCGGGCGGUGCAGGUGCCCUGUGAGUCAGGCCAGUAUACCAAGAGUGGAGCGUGCUGUGAGGAGUGCCCACCUGGAGAGGGGGUGGUGAGGAAGUGUGGUGCCAACCAGACCGUCUGCGCCCAGUGCCUGGACAGUGAGACCUACUCAGAGAACUACAGCCACACAGAGACCUGUAUCCCCUGCACCAUGUGUACAGGUCUGAUGCGCAUGCAGACGCCCUGCACUGACUCCAACGAUGCCAUCUGCGUGUGUGACUACAACUACUACCUGAGUGAAGUGUCUGGGCUCUGUGAGCCCUGCACGGUGUGCCCGGCGGGCCAUGGCGUGUUGGCACACUGCGGGCACAACCACGACACGGUGUGUGAGGAGUGUAUAGACGACACCUACUCCGACCGGGACAGCUACCUGGACCCCUGCCUGCCCUGCACCAUAUGUGAUGAGGGCAUCGAGGUGGAGCUGAGCGCCUGCACCCCCGUCAGCGACUCCCUCUGCCACAAUCCUCUCCUCCCAUCCUACACGUCUCCCACCUCUCCCCUGGACCUGUCUUCCCCCUCCUUCACAGACAGCCUCCCACCAGACAGCUCCAGCAGCCCCUACCCGGGGGGAGAGACCACCACGGCCCAGCCCAGCUACCCUCGCUUCAUCGGACAGGGCUUCAACGAGAACCUCAUCCCCAUCUACUGCUCCAUCCUGGCUGCUGUGGUGGUGGGGCUGGUGGCCUUCAUCGUCUUCAAAAGGUGGAACAGCUGCAAGCAGAACAAACAGCCGGCUAACAACCGCCAAGCCACAGCAGCCAAUCAGACGGUGACGCCGGAGGGGGAGAAGCUGCACAGCGACAGCGGCAUCUCAGUGGACAGUCAGAGUCUGCAGGAGCAGCAGCAUGCAGCCCAGGCCCAGGUCCAGACACAGACACACAGACAGGAACAUAUAGUGGUGAGGGUGGAUGGGGGGCCUGACUCACCUCCCCCCCAGGUCUGAGGAAGAAGAGAAGCCACUGACAGGAAGGAGGAAGAGGAGGAGAAGGAGGAGAGGGGGCAGUGGGGUUGCCAUGGAAACCUGGAUGUGGGAACGGACAUACAGUAUAAGAGUACAGACUGAGUGGGCUUUCUUGGAUACAACAAGGACGUUGUCGACAUUAUCGGCCCUUUUCACCAUGUGUGGCCACCGGUUUCUGAUUGGCCUCUUGUUUCAGUAUGGACCCUUAUUGGACAGACUGGAGCAUCAGAGCCUGAGUCUGUAUCUCUACACAGAACCCAACUCUGCCAGUGUGUCUUUGAACACUAAACCUCUCCGCCAAUACCAACCCUAACACCAACCCUCCGCCUCAAGUCACUAAAGUUGCAAAAUCACUACCACCCAUAAUCCAAAAAGCAUCACUGUGUUAGAUAUCCUGAUCUCUUUGUCUUUUCUGUCAGCUGGUGUUGACCGAUCAUUAUGAAAAGUUUGUUAGGAUGUUAUCCCAUGAAGGAGUUUUAUCCUGUGUCCCCAUAAGUUCACUGCCAACUUCCUUUGACCAUUUGCUAAAAUUAUUAUUCAUCCACCCCCCGAUUCCCCCUACUCACUCACAUCAUCAAAUGUUUGUGCCUCAGAGGUAGAUAAACUCUCUGUCCCCUCUCUCCCCUUGUCUGUACUCUCUCUCUCUCUCUCUCUCUCUCUCUCUCUCUC